CAUUCGUAAAUACAUAUGUUAGUAUGUCAUACCAGUUUAUCAGCUAGAAUGGAUGAAAGCAUUAGGAAAUUACAGAACUAUAUAAUUUGCCCGGAAUUACCAAUAAAUAAUCCAUUACCGGACACAAUUCCUCGACGUUACAAUGAAACGCGAUUGCUUAAUUUACCAAAAGGCGCUGCCAGCACCAAAUUAGUGCCACGUCGUGACUACAUCACUGGCGCGAUAAUUGAAUUUGUUGAGAUAGAUCUGGAAGAUGUCGGUGCCAACGCAUGCAAUUCCACUUCAAUGCGGCGAGAACCGGGAUUGUUGGAGGAAUCAAUUCGGGGCUCAUCGAUGAAUUUUCCAUUCUGGCCGGGCGGAUUUGAUGAACCACCAAGCGAAAUAAAAAAGCUCGGCAUUGAGUUCGACUUAGGUUCUGAAUUGCUAACAGUGCCUCCUGGUUUUCAAAAAGGCUAUAUAUUCGAAGAAAACAGAAGUCAGUCACAUUCCAAAAUUUCUAUUUUAAAUAAUAGUGCAAAUGUCAAUCUAUUGGAAAAUUUGGAAAAGGAUAUGGAUGUUCAGGAAUGGUUGAAGUUGACUGAAGAACCAACGGAAGUAGAUUCCACUAUUGCCUUAAAUUAUUCAACUGAAUUUAAAGAUGUGGAGGAGCAUAUAAUGGGUCCAGAUCUUAAACCGGUCCUUGAAAUUUCAAAUACAAAUACGAAAUCCACUUUUAGCAGUGAGUGGGCUGAAAUGGUUGACAUAUCACAUCCUAUAACUAAUUUCAAGGAGAAAAUUCCAUGUCCCGCAAUGACUUACCCCUUUGAGUUAGAUGUGUUCCAAAAGCAAGCUAUCCUUAAACUAGAGGAACGACAGUAUGUAUUUGUAGCGGCGCACACAUCCGCUGGUAAAACCGUUGUAGCAGAAUAUGCUAUAGCAUUAUCGCAGCGCGAUUUAACACGUACAAUUUACACUUCGCCUAUUAAAGCUUUAUCCAAUCAGAAAUAUCGAGACUUCAAAAAAACAUUUAAGGACGUUGGAUUAAUCACCGGCGACCUACAGAUUGAUCCCACUGCAUCGUGUCUCAUAAUGACCACAGAGAUACUUCGUUCCAUGCUUUAUUGUGGUAGUGAAAUAACCAGAGAUCUCGAGUAUGUAAUUUUCGAUGAAGUGCAUUAUAUAAACAACCCGGAACGUGGACAUGUUUGGGAAGAGGUAAUAAUACUACUUCCAGAUCAUGUCAAUAUAAUAAUGUUAAGCGCUACGGUGCCUAAUACUAUGGAACUGGCAGACUGGGUUGGCAGCACCAAGAAGAGGAAAGUGUAUGUCAUAAGCACUCUCAAACGACCUGUCCCCCUUAUGCACUACAUUUAUACUGGAUGUGGGGGCAAAAGCAAAGAUGAUAUAUUUCUACUAGUCGAUGGGAAUGGGAAAUUUAUGCAAGACAAUUAUGUAAAGGCCGUGGAGCGCAAAAAGGAAAUGCAAUCCAAAACAAAAGGAGGACAAAGUGGACGGCCGCAAAAAAAUUUUGUUAGCGCUAAACAAGAUCAGAACAUGUGGAUUGGGCUAAUAGACUUUUUGAAGCGUAAUAAUAAAAUGCCUGUCGUAGCAUUCACACUAUCGCGUAAUCGCUGUGACAUGAAUUUGCAGGCCUUACAAUCAGUUGACUUAAAUACUGCACGUGAAAAAGGUUCUGUGCAGAAAUUCUUCCAACAAUGCUUACAAAAGCUUAAACCACCAGAUCGUCAGUUGCCCCAAGUUCUUUCAAUGAAGGAUUCACUGGAGCGUGGAAUCGGCGUGCACCACAGUGGCAUAUUGCCCAUACUGAAGGAAAUAGUGGAAAUGCUUUUUCAAUCGGGACUAGUUAAGCUACUGUUCGCUACGGAAACAUUCGCUAUGGGUGUUAACAUGCCCGCGCGCACCGUGAUCUUCGAUUCGCAUCGCAAAUACGACGGACUGGAAGUGCGUAAUCUAAAACCCGGUGAAUACAUUCAAAUGGCUGGACGUGCCGGACGACGUGGUCAUGAUGAAAAUGGCACUGUUAUAUUACUCUGUAAAUCACAGGUGCCGCCCUCGAUGGAUCUACGCUCCAUGAUACUUGGCCAACCGGAGAAGUUGCAAUCACAGUUUAUAUUACGAUAUGCCGUCAUUCUAACUUGUUUACGUAUUGAGAGUAUUAAAGUGGAGGACAUAAUACAAUUCAGUUUCAAAGAAUUUAAUCAAAAACUGCAAUUGCCAAUGCAGAAGAAGCAAUUGGAAGUUGCAUUAGACAAAUUCUCCCAACUACCUGAAUUGGGGGAACAACUGCAACCUCUGUGUCGCUUCUAUGAUCUCGCACAAGAAUAUAUAAUUGAAAAACAACGCAGCAUGAAAUACUUGCUGUCUCAACCUAAAAUAACUAAAGAGCUUAAGGUGGGUCGCAUACUUGUGGUUACCCAAGGCAGACAUUACAACAAAUUGGGCAUAAUACUUGCCAUCAAAUCUACGCCAGGAAAAGACACAAUCUACAGAUUAUUAGUGCUCGACCAUCAAUUCUCCUCAAGCGAUCAGAAGGAUAACUUCCAUCGUGGAGAAAUGUACUACAAAAUAGUAUCGCUGACGCCACAGAACAAGUUCUUUCAGCCCGAAGGCAUUGGUGGCCAUUGUGUAGUUGACGCGAAAGCCGCCGAUAUAGUUGAAAUUACAAAAAGUAAUAUUAAAGUUGAUGGAGAUGUUAUAAUUCGCAAUUGGGAGCAACGACAAAUCGACCGUUUCAGGGACUCACCGCCCGGCGCAACUGUCGUUAAGGCAGUAAGUGAAUUACAACAACUUAACCAAAACUACAUAGAGAACACCGAGACGAUUAAGUUUAUUAACCUAUCUAAAGAUGUUAAUAUAAGUGAAGAGAACGAGUUGGCUCAAAUUCGCUACACAGAACAUUUAUGGAAACAGUUAGUCACAGUGCUGCCGCACACCAACAUUGCUGGGUUUGAACAAGAGUUCGCUACGGUUUACGAGCGUAAAGUUUUGGAACGACGUAUUGAGGAGUUACAAUUCAAGAAUUCUACAAAAAACCUCUCACUUUAUCCAGACUAUUGCAACAAAUUAGAAGUAUUGCGCGCAUUAAAAUAUAUCGAUGAUUUGGACGAGGUCACGCUAAAAGGAAAAGUUGCUUGCGAAAUGGGUCAGAAUGAGCUGUUGAUAACAGAAUUAAUACUAUGUAAUAUGUUCAACGAUCUGGAGCCUGCGGAAAUAGCGGCAUUACUCUCGAGUUUGGUGUUUCAAGGCAAAAUCCAGGGAGAGCCGGUGAUUCCAGAAAAGUUAAAAAAAUGCGUUAAAGAAUUCGAGGAAAUCAACGACACUAUUUUAGCCGAAGAACUGCGAAACAAGACAAUUAUUGAAACGGAUAAUCGUCUGAACUUUGGGUUGCUCGAAGUGGUGUACGAAUGGGCACGUAACAAGCCGUUUGCUGAAAUAAUGAAGCUAACUGAGGUACAGGAAGGUAUAAUUGUGCGAUGUAUACAGCAAUUGGAUGAAACCCUUCGUGAUGUAAAAACUGCAGCCAUACGUAUAGGUAACCCCGCUUUGCAAAGCAAAAUGGAGGAUGCGUCAACUGCCAUUAAAAGAGACAUAGUCUUUACGGCCAGCUUGUAUACAGCAUUGUGAUUCCCGAUGGAAAUUAAAGCUUGUGGGCUAUAACCACGAUCUAUUAAUAACAAACGAACUCAUAUUUUAUAAAAAUUAGUUGCUCCCAUAAUAUAUCCAUUUGGCUGUAUUUUACAAAAUGUAA